UCUGUGGUUGGGAUCGCGUCGCGAGAGUCUCGCGCCGGGCCGGCAGCAUGUCCGACAACGAGGACAACUUCGAUGGUGACGACUUUGACGAUGUGGAGGAAGAUGAAGGGCUAGAUGAUUUGGAGAACGCAGAGGAGGAGGGUCAAGAGAAUGUAGAAAUCCUUCCAUCUGGAGAGAGACAGCAGGCAAAUCAGAAGCGGAUCACAACUCCAUACAUGACCAAAUAUGAGCGAGCCAGAGUCCUGGGCACUCGUGCACUCCAGAGAGCGAUGUGUGCUCCAGUCAUGGUAGAGUUGGAAGGAGAGACAGAUCCUCUGCUGAUUGCAAUGAAAGAACUCAAAGCUCGGAAGAUUCCCAUAAUCGUCCGCAGGUACCUGCCAGAUGGAAGCUAUGAAGACUGGGGUGUGGAUGAGCUAAUUAUCACAGACUGACCUGCUUCCUGUCUUUGUCCCUGGUUCCUCCUUCACCUGC